AUGGACCCGAAUCUGGCUCGUGUCGUAGAUAAAGGGCGAAUUGCGGAGAGCACGAAGGAGGGGAGGAAGAAGCGUCGCCGGCAACGAGGUCUGCGUGGCCCGAAAGGGAUUAGCUUCGAACUGGCGGCUGCGGUGGCUUUCACCAUGGCGGCGACGGUGCCGCCGGCAAACGACGACCCGGGCAAGCUCAACUCGCCUGCGGACCAGAUUGACAGCGACAUCGAUGCGGAGGGUGAAGAGGAAACGGAUUUGUACCACAUGGAUCAGCAACUUCAGGAUGCGGUACACCGUGCAUAUAGCGGAGAAGAAGCUGAGGACAACGGUGACAGUGCGGACAGUGAAGCAAUGCGCGAUGACGCCAAUAGCGAUCAGCUCAGCGGCGAUAAUGAUGAGACCGAGCCAGUCGGUGCUGUGAAGGUCCCGGAGGACGAGGCGUCUUCUGAAGACGAGGAUGCGGAUGCGGAUGCGGAUGCGGAUGCUGACUCUGCGUUCGAGGACGAAAACGAUCGGGAUGCAUCCAAUGCAGAAUCAAGCGAAGGUGAAUCCGAGGUUGAAGAAGACUGGGAAGCAGAAAGCAAUGGAGGCGAGGAUGCGGACGCAGAUAUUCGCAGCCGCGCAAAUUGCAUAUUCUGCACCCAAGAUGAAGAACACGAUCCGAGCGAGGAUUUUGAAGAAUGGCUGACUUGUGUGGUUUGUGGCGAUCACUCUCAUCGACAAUGCGCUCGUGAACAGGAAGCUUUCAAUGACACUGACGAUCCGUGGAAAUGUCCCACCUGCGUUCAAAACAAGCUAGAACCCGACCCUGUGGAAAGUCCGGCAUCGCAGCAAAAAUCCGGGGCGUCUCAUCUUCCCAAGGAGCUCUUACCUGCACACGUGGGGAAACAAGGGUCGGGAUUUCAUUCCAUUUUUGACACCACUAUUGAGGAUGUUAAUAGCUCCCGGUCGCUUCGAAAGCGGAAAGCUUCUUCGGUCGAAGCAGAGGAACAUGUACCUGUUCUUCGCAAACGAAGACGUCAGACAGAUGCUUCUGGUGCGAAUGAUACUCCAGUUGAUGUAAUAGAUGGGAUGAUCGGUGGUCACACCCCAGCACGGCCCAUGCGCCCUCGGCGAAGCCGGGCCUUGGAUCACGAGCCCAUUCGGAUAGUCUCCAGACAUGUCGGCAAACUCGUGGUAGGCUUCCGCCUGGAUCAGAGCAAAGUGAGCAGAAUUCUCAGCAUCCCGAGUCGAUCGCAGCGCGACAGGAAAAAGAAGAAGAAAGCGCCAAAGCCUUCCCCUCUGCCACAAACACCUCAAGCCCACUUUGCGCCCAUCCCUCCAGCACCCUACACUUCUUUCCAACCUUUCCAUGACCGAGACAUCGAUGACUCGAAGUCCAAACCUUAUGGUGGCAUUUUAUCCGAGGCUGAUGCGGAUACAUCCAAAACACUCCCAUCACAAGUCGAUCGCGAAAAGUUCGAGCAAGCUCGCCAGAAAGCCGAAGAAGAAUGGCAACAGAAGGUCCGAGACGCGGAACUCAAUGGCGAGUCAACUACAAACGUAUCGCAAAAAGUGUCAGGUCCGCCCUCAAAGAUUAAGUACAUCAACUUCGGUGGCUACGAGAUCGAGACCUGGUAUGCUGCUCCUUACCCAGAGGAGUACAGCCGCAACCGUGUGCUUUAUAUCUGCGAGUUCUGUCUCAAGUACAUGAAUUCAGAUUAUGUCGCCUACAGGCAUAAGCUCAAAUGCCCCGCGAAGCAUCCCCCCGGUGACGAAAUUUAUCGUGAUGGUUCAAUUUCGAUCUUUGAGGUUGAUGGGCGAAAAAACCCUGUUUAUUGUCAAAACUUGUGUCUCCUUGCUAAACUUUUCCUGGGCUCCAAGACGCUUUACUACGAUGUUGAGCCAUUCCUGUUCUAUGUCAUGAGCGAGUACGAUGAUUUGGGAUGUCAUUUCGUUGGUUACUUCAGCAAAGAAAAACGACCCAGUUCAGCCAACAACGUCUCCUGCAUUCUCACUCUCCCCAUUCAUCAACGCAAAGGUUACGGUAACCUUCUCAUCGACUUUUCAUACCUCCUUACCCGUAUCGAAGGCAAGAACGGCUCACCUGAAAAACCACUCUCCGACAUGGGCUUGGUUUCAUACCGCAACUACUGGCGACUGAUUCUGUCGUAUCAACUCCGUGAUUUGAAGACACCGGUCAGCAUAGCAGAUCUAUCUGACCGGACGGGGAUGACAGCUGAUGACAUUGUCUCUGCAUUGGAAGGGCUACGCGCCCUGGUGCGAGAUCCUCUUACCAAAACCUAUGCAUUCCGUCUUGACAGGAAUUAUUUCGAAGAAGUGAUAAGCAAGUGGGAGAACAAGGGGUAUGUGACACUUAACCCUGAUGCGCUGCUCUGGACCCCAUACAUCAUGGGUCGGAACAAUCAGUCGCACUUUGACCGUGCUCCUCUCCAUGCUGUUGCACCUCGGGACGGCCUUGUCGAAGAUGAAGAAGAAGAGGAAGAGGAAAGGCGAAAUGGUAUGAACGACAAUGGUCCAGAUGAAACAGCUGGACCUCCUUCGACCAUGGCUCUCACCAAUGGUGUUCACGCAGCCGAAAGCACCGAAAGAUUGGAACCUCUAAUCCCCAACCCGGCAGCUGGUAUCCCUCCCUCUAGGUUUGAAUUGUGGCCCCCUGUGCAUGUUCCUGCUCCGAGCAAGAAAAAAAUUGGCCGCCCUCUCAAAGCAAACGGCUCCCGGCCCUCCAUGACACCCACGACCGUUCGGACAAGUGGCCGCAACACACCUCGCAGAGCCUCUGGGCUUUCUCAUUUCACACCAUCUGGUAGUGUGCGUCGCGGCCGCAGCGCCAAGCUUGGCGAUUCGCCAACCAAAACCAAUGGUAUCGAUGAUGACGACGAGCAGGGCGAUGUGGACGAAGAGGCUGUUCUCGACCCAAGCCCUGAGGACCUGGGCACCAUGGCAAAUGGCAUAUCCGAUAGUGAUAAACUCUCAAAGAUCAACGGUGAUGACGAGGUACAAGACACCGUGGAGACGAAUGGUGUUGAGCCCAAAAAAUCCUCAUCCGAGGAAGUCCUCGAGGCCCCCCCAGACACCUUCAAAAAGGUCCAAAUCUGGUUCACACUCUCCAGGAACAGCACUCUGGUGGAGAAGAUCCAAGUGGUGAUCCCCGCCGAGCCUGGGUCCGCCACGCGAGAAAAGAAAGCCAAAAUGGUGGCGGCGGCAGCAGCAGCGGGGACGAACGAGAUCGAUCCUGACGCCGACGCCGAGGGCGAGGAAGAUGCCGACUACGAGGUGGACGGCGACGUGGUAAUGGAGACAUAA